GAGAUAGCCUAAAAGAUAAGAUUAGAUCUCAGGGAAGAGAGAGAGAGAGAGAGGCUCUGAACUGAACUCAGAAAGAAGGAAGAGGGAGAAGAAAUCACAAUGAUAAUGGCACCAAUAUCAUCUUCAACAAACCCAUUAUAUCCUCCACCUGCUUCUACUUCUUCCACAUUCAUCUCCACAAGAGUUGUAAGAUACCAGAAACUAGGAUUACAAUUACAAUUUCCAUCUUCUUCUUCUUCUUCCACAACCACGAGAGCAGUCGAUCCCGAAACAAACGCCUCCUCCGACACAACGGAGACGAAACCACAAUCGGCAGAAAACGACGAUGGAGACAGCUUCGAAAACAGAGUAGCACAGGUGAGACUCAGGUAUCGCAGCGGGACCGGCAAGAAAGCCGACGUCAGGAAAGGUAAGAGAUCAUCAUCAUCGCCAUCAUCCAAGACCAAGAAAGGUGGAGUAUUCUUGCCGCCGGUGCCUUUGAAAGAGGCGGUGUCGGAGGGUCUGAAGGUGGAUUUCGGCUUCUGCCCUUUCACUGAGCGGCUCAACGGGAGGUUGGCAGCUCUGGGGCUGGUGGCGCUGCUGCUGGUGGAAUUGGGUUCCGGCAAGAGUCUCAUCAGUUACCAUUCGCCGGCGGUGGUCUUCAUUCAGGUCUACUCCAUCGCUGCCGCGUCGGCGGUCUAUGUGAAGUACCAGAAGGAGAAGAUCAGCAUUUGGCCUCAGUAGUUUUCUUCAUUAUCAUCAUCUCUCAAUAACAACUCUUAACAUUAGACUGCCAUUGAUACUUCU